UGGCAUUUAGUGUGCAUGACGAAGGCCAAAGCAGGGUCACUAUCACCAUACUUCCAGGGAUUCCACCGAUAUUCUCGCGUUCAUUCUGGCCAUUCGCUCUCUUACAUAACGGGGUCUAGAACCGAGAAAUUCCUCACUACGGAGGGCCAAUCUCGGAAGCGAUCAUGGACAAACGGUUCACAUUCGUUCUAUGUCCCUGCCCGAGAUCACGACCUUAGUCCGAACUUGCUCCUGUCUAUCAAAGGCAUUCCUGCUUAGGCAGUGAUGAGUUAUUUUUCGUCGUUCUCUUCUAGCAUGGCAACCGAUAGUAUGCAAGGAAAUUCUGCAGUGGCAGCAAGCGUCGUUGAAGGUGCACCUUCAGACACAUCCAUUCCUGAAAUGAACGGUGCCACAUACAUGCCGUCACAAAUAGCACGGCGCAAAGGCGGGCUUAGUUGUACAGAAUGUCGUAGAAGGAAAAUCAAAUGCGACAGAGCUCGACCAUGCGGUCCAUGUACUCAGAGGGGAAGCACCGCAUGUGACUGGGUAAUGCUAGAACCGGAAAAGAGGGAUGUAACUCGACGGGAGUCUGAAGACAUUAAGGCGGAAGUCAGUCGCAAUCAUGCAAAGCUGCGCGAAUUGGAGCUAAGUCUCGAUGUUGCGAACCGGAAGCUGCUGGAACUGGAAAACAUAAUCAGACACCUCACUAUCAGUCCCGGUUCAAGCUCCCCCUCAUGUUCUGCACCAAAUCCCGCGCCACCUUCACAUAUGAUCCAUCCGACAGCUGUGCUCCCAUAUUCGCAAAGCGUACAGUUUGUUCCGCCUAUCAUAGAGUCAGCGUCUGGCCAGUUGUCGCCUGACAUACAUCGCUCGCAACAUCAGCAAGGCUCAAGACAUGCACUUGGCCCUCAAACGGAGAGUUAUCCUCCACGGACAUAUAAAUUCUUACCCCCCUUAACUAAUAUCGAGCCGCUCGUUUCUCAACCGGUCACUGUUGUGCCUCAUUAUUCCUUCUCCGGGUCGCCUACUAGCGAGGAUUCCUCGACAUCGCCUUCUACUUCUGAAGGUGGAGGCAUGCAAUGAACAGUACUCCCCGAUGAAGCUGCUUAUACUCCUCCAUCUGUAUCUUCAUCGGAAAGCAGAUCAGUACCUCAUGCAGAGGCCCAAAGGGUGCUAACGGAGCAAGGCGCAGGACCCACUACUGCCAGUGGAUCUGCGUUACCGGCUGAUGGCUCUAAUCAUAUGCACUCGAGAAGAGGGAUGCUAUCACUGGCUGCGAUCACGAAUCACGAGCCGUAUCCCGCAUCUCCUCUGCAGACAGGCGGCAUGCAAUUAGCAUUUACAGAUAGUUACGCUCGUUGUGGGAUUGCUCCGGACUCUACUAAGUGAUUUCCUUCAAGACUACCUCACUACGCUGGCUUCGUUGAUAUGUUCGUUCAAAGCAUGCGAAUAGAGAGACAUACGGUGGAUUUACAGACAUGAUAUCUACACAGUGUAUGGUAGUUUCCAAGCAGGAAUGCAGUCUGGCCUCA